GAGUUUUGUGAGUCAUACACAAAGCACUGAUCCAUGCUGGGUCUAUAAAGAGGUCCUGACCUCAGAAAUGAUUUGGUCCACUCGGAGAAAAGUCACAAUGGGCAAGAUUACUUUCUUUGAAGACAAAAGCUUCCAGGGCCGUCACUAUGAGUGCAGUGGAGACUGUGCUGACAUGCAUACUCACUUUUCUCGCUGCAACUCCAUCCGAGUAGAGAGUGGAAGCUGGGUGGCCUACGAGAAGUCCAACUUUUCUGGAUAUCAGUACAUGCUUUCUAAGGGCGAAUACCCUGAUUUCAAGCACUGGGCUGGAUUCAACGACUGCAUUCGCUCAUGCCGCAUGGUUCCUCCCUACACUGGUAACUACAGGAUGAAGAUAUUUGAGCGCUCCGAUUUCGGUGGUCAGGCAAUGGAGAUGAAUGAAGAUUGCCCUGAUCUGCGUCAGCGUUUCCACAACGGAGACAUCUCUUCUGCCAAUGUCAUGGAGGGCUACUGGAUGCUCCAUGAGCACCCCAACUACACUGGCCGCCAGUUCUUCCUGCGUCCUGGGGAAUACAGGAGGCACGUCGAGUGGGGCAGUCCAAGUCCUACCAUGGGCUCCCUGCGACGUGUGACUGACCUCAACUGAAGAUUCAAAUCACGCAACCACCUCUCCCAAUGUGUGCUCCCAAGCGACUAUGUCUAACCUUCAAUCACCUCGAGGUGGUCGUGCUGAAUGUAUUUGUGAUGCUUGCUGGAAUCCGGCACAAGUGCCGUUCAGCCUGGCCUAAGUAGUGCUAUCUGUCUUCUUUAGCACUGUUGACCGAGAUAACUGUGUAUUUUAUGAGCACCCUUCCCUUCCCAACUACAACUGGAAAUAAAGGAAAAAUGUAUUAAAAUCAAACUAAGUA